GCAAAGGACUUUGAUUAAUUUUCUAGUGAAUAGCCCAGCUGGAUCUAUGUUUGUCAGGAGUAAUGAUGGAUCUUCAUACAUGAAGACCGGAGAAAAGUUAUUCACUUUUUUGGACAGCCUUGUUGAGGAGAUUGGUGAGAAGAAUGUUGUGCAAGUGGUGACCGACAACGGAAGCAAUUAUGUAUUGGCCGGUAAAAUUCUACAAGCUAAGAGGAAGCACUUAUUUUGGACUCCAUGUGCUGCCCAUUGCAUUGAUUUGAUCUUAGAAGACAUUGGCAAGCUUAAAAGAGUUCAAAAGACCAUCAAAAGGGGUAUAAGUCUUGUUGGCUUUUUCUAUAAUCACACUUUGGCAUUGAACAUCAUGAGAAAGUACACCAACAAAUCAGAAUUGGUUAGACAUGGAGUUACAAGAUUUGCCACCACAUUUCUCACUUUGCGAAGGUUGUAGACUCAAAGAAACAACCUUAGAAAGAUGUUCACUUCCGAUGAUUGGACAAAUACUACCUUGGCUAA